AUGAGUAAAUUAAUAAAUAUGGAAAAUAGAAAUUUGAUAAAAUUUACGUUUUUGCUAUGCUUUGCUCAGUCCACUGUAGGAGUGUUAUUUGUGGCCUUAUGCAACAUAUAUAUAUCUAAAAGUAGUACUGUUUCGGAAGUGAAUUUAAGUUACACAUAUGUAAGAAAAUUAUGUGAGAAUUAUAUAAGUGAGAAAAGUAUGAUAGAUAAAGAUUAUAUGGAAAGAGCUUUAGAAAUAGACUAUACUACAGAAUCUUUUAAAAUUAAAAAUUUCUUAAAAGAAAAAAAUUCUGAUAAACAGCGUACGAUAACUUAUGAAUCAUUGCAUAAAAAUAAGACAGUAGAAAAAACAUUAGAUGAUAUAUUUGGAAUCCCAGAGAGUUGUAAAAUUUAUGAAUUUCAUACGUCAAUAUAUAAUGAAAAAUUAAAUAAUAUUAUUAAUUCAUUAAAACAUAAACCAUCAAGGAGGGAUAUGUAUAAUAUUUGGAAUGAAAUUAAUUUUAAUGAGAGAAAUAAAUAUAUUAGUGUAAUAGAACAAAUGUACAAAAUAUAUAAAUAUUUAGGAAAGGUAUACAAAAUAAACAAAUAUUUUGGAAAAAAGGAAUGGAAAAAAUGCUUUCGUGAAUUUAAAAUUUUCGUGAGAGAGAGAAAGAAUUACUUAAAUUAUUAUUUUACUAAUGUAAUUAACGAUAAGUCAACAACAUUGCGAGAAUUUAAAUAUUUCCUUAAUUUUAGUGUAAAUAUUUCUAACAUUUUGAUGAAGAAAGCAAUAGAUAAAUGCUUAAUUAUUUUAAAUACAGGAAUGCUACACAGUAGUACCUUAGAUUUGGAUCCAUCAAUUUUAAAUGAAUUAAAUAAAAAUGUUUCAUUUUAUAAAUGUAAAAGAAUAUCAUAUAAAUAA